CAAUAAAUAAUGAUGACAUUGGCCACGUUGAUUCCUUUCCAAAAUCCAAUCUUGCUGUGUAGUUUCCUUCCCGCCACGAACUCCAAAAUACAGCUUCUUCUGGUUCUGGCUAACCUCCAACAAUGGAGGUAAUAAAACCUCCCAUACCUAUAGUUCCCACCAAACUAGGCUACCCUUUUGAAUUUUCUCCAAAACCCACCAAGCUCAGCACCAUUCCUUUAUUCUCCGACUCUCAUUUGGAUAAGCUCUGCAAAAAGGGACGCCUCAGCGAGGCCAUCUUGGCCCUGGAUUCCAUUGCUGUACGUGGGUGCAAGGUGAAACCCAGAACCUAUGUCAAUUUACUUCAGUCUUGCAUUGAUACGAAGUCCGUUAAGUUGGGUAGGGAGGUUCAUGCUCGGAUAGGUCUUCUUGAGUGUGUUGAUGCUUUUGUUGAGACUAAAUUGGUGAGUAUGUAUGCAAAAUUAUGCUACUUGGAUGAUGCACGCAGAGUGUUUGAUGAAAUGCGUGAGAGAAACUUGUUUACUUGGUCAGCUAUGAUUGGUGGGUUUUAUAGAGCAAAGAGGUGGGAGGAAGUUUUAGAGCUUUUUUUGUUGAUGAUGAAAGAUGAUGGUAUUGUUCCCAACCAAGUCCUUUGGCCUAAGAUAUUGGAAGCUUGUGGGAAUUGCAAGAAUUUUGAGAUGACCAAAGUGGUACAUUCGAUGGUGAUUCGAUGUGGCUUCAGCUGUUCAAUUCGAGUCAACAAUUCAAUUUUUGAUGUCUACGUAAAAUGUGGUAAACUGGAUCUUGCUAAGAGGCUUUUCGAGAACAUGGACAAAAGGGAUGUUGUCACUUGGAAUGCAGUUAUAUCUGGGCUUUGCUAUACUGGUCAGGUCAAAGAAGCUACUAAACUUCUUGAUAAAAUGAGAGAAGAAGGGACUGAACCUGGUUUGUUAACUUGGAACAUAUUGAUUGCUAGUUGUAGUAAUUUAGGAGAAAUUGAUGUUGCAAUGGGAUUGAUGAAAGAGAUGGAAAGUUUUGGCAUUGCUCCAGAUGUAUUUACUUGGACUUCUAUGAUCUCAGGGCUUGCUCAUAAUAACAGCAGAGAUCAGGCAUUAGAUUUUUUCAGGGAGAUGCUUUUGGCAGGAGUCAACCCGAAUGCAGUUACUGUUACAAUUGCAGCUUCAGUUUGUGCUUCUCUAAGAUCACUCAAUAAAGGGAUUGAAAUCCAUGCUUUUGCAAUUAAGAUGGGUCUUAUAGAUAAUGUUCUAGUAGGAAAUUCAGUUGUCAACAUGUAUUCCAAGUGUGGGCAACUGGAAGCAGCUCAAGAAGUCUUUGAUUCGAUUAAAGACAAAAAUCUUUACUCAUGGAACUCAAUGAUUGGUAGUUAUAGUCAAGCCGGUUACUGUGAUAAGGCUUGUGAACUCUUCAUGAAAAUGCAGGAAUCGGAUGUACUGCCUAAUGUUGUCACAUGGAAUAUCAUGAUUUUAGUCCAUAUACAAAAUGGUGAUGAAGACCAAGCUAUGGAUCUCUUUCAAAGAAUAGAGAAAGAUAACAAAUUCAAGCGAAACACCGCAACAUGGAACUCUCUCAUUGAUGGUUAUGUGCACCGUGGGGAUCAAGGCAGGGCGCUUGAAGUAUUUCGACAAAUGCAGUCCUCCGGUGUUAUUCCCAAUGUGGAUACCGUGCUUAGUAUUCUGUCUGCAUGUACAAGUGUACUUGCUGCAAGAAAAGUGAGAGAGAUACAUGGCUGCGUACUGCGCCGAAGCUUAGAGUCUGGAAAUUCAGUGGCAAAUUUAUUAUUGGACACUUAUGCCAAGACUGGAAUUAUGAAAUAUUCUAAGAAUAUCUUUGAUAUAAUGUCAUCUAAAGAUAUUAUCACUUGGAAUUCAAUCAUUACUGGUUAUGUUUUGCAUGGUUUAUCAACAGUUGCACUUUAUCAAUUUGAUCACAUGAAGAAAUCAGGAUUGAAACCGGAUAGCAAUACUUUUGUAAGUGUUAUCGAUGCAUACAGCCUUUCUGGAUUAGCAGACAAGGGAGAGCUAGCUUUCUCUAGUAUCACUGAAGAAUAUGGUAUUGAUCUAAGUCUAGAGCAUUAUUCUGCUAUGGUAGACUUAUAUGGCCGUUCAGGUAAGAUUAAAGAGGCAAUGGAUUUCAUUGAAGACAUGACAGUAGAACCAGAUUCCUCAGUUUGGGAGGCUUUACUUACUGCUAGUAGGAUUCAUAGGAACUUUAGGAUCUUUGUACACGCCUUGAAUCAUUUGCUUGAGUUGGAACCUGGGAAUCACUUGAUUCAGAGGUUAAGAGGGCAGGUUGAUGCUUUAAUCGGGAAAAAAUCAGAGAUUGAUUCCAAAAUGAGAGAGCUAGAGAAAGAGAGUUCUACUAUAAGGAACAUGGGACAGAGUUGGAUUGAACUUAACAACAGAGUCUACACAUUUGUUGCUGGUGAUAAGUCUAAACCUCAUCUAUAUCCUUGGUUACAUGGUAUACCGAAAAGUUUGAGCAAAUCUGAUUUUUGUGAUGGGCUUUGCUUCGAGGAAGAAGAUAGUGAAGAGAUUGGUGGUGUACAUAGUGAAAAGCUUGCAAUGGCUUUUGCCCUUGUUGAGUUUCCAAAGAAGGGACAAUGUAUAAGAAUAGUUAAAAACCUGAGAAUGUGUGAAGGUUGCCAUGAGACAGCAAAGUAUAUCUCCAUGGCUUAUAGGUGUGAGAUAUUCCUUAAUGACUCGAAACGCCUACAUCGUUUCAGUAAAGGGAAAUGUUCUUGUAGGGACUAUUGGUAGUGCAAAACAACCAAUGAGUUACUUUCUAUGGAUUAUCUUCUUUGUAGUUUAAAGGAUGAGUGAUUUAGGUAUGUAAGUGUAAUAUGCCUUAUUUUCAAUGACGUAUUACAUUUACAUACAAUUGCUUAAUUUCAUAGUUGUUUGUAUAAAUAAAACGUUGCCAUUCUUUACUCAGCAAUUUUACCAACAAACUAUAAUUGUCUGUAUAUACAGACAAUUAUGAACAUAAAAUGAUAAAACAGUCAAAA